CUCGUCGUCAUUUUGUUUCUGCACGGGAUGUCCGUGGCAUACACGGUUGCUUUUCUGAACGCGUUUAUUUCUACUGUGGUACUUCAUGUAAGCGGACAAAUCGAUAUCAUAUGUGAAGGAUUCAAAACCAUUUCUGAGAGAAUAUCCUAUUACGGAUCUUCUGGGCAAACAGUAGGAAUGCUGAUUGAGAGGCAUAAUAAAGUCAUCACAUUUUCCAAGAAUCUCGAUAAACUUUUCUCCUUUAUGGCUUUGAUGCAAGUUUUUUGGAAUACCUUAGCCAUCUGCGUUCUUGGAUUGCUUAUUGUAACAUCCAUUCAUAACGCAGCAGGCGUCAUUCUGGCGAGAGCCGUAUUCGCUUACUGCAACAUAAUGAUGGAAAUUUUUAUUUAUUGCUUUGCGGGAGAAUAUCUUAGUCAUAAGAGUAAAUCACUUGGCAAUGCAGGGUAUGAGUCAUUAUGGUACCACAUGUCGCCCAAUCAGACAAGAAAUAUAUUAUUCUUUAUUAUGAGGUCUCAGAAACAACUAACCAUCACUGCGGGAGGAAUGACAAAUUUAUCGUUAGAAGCCUUUACGAGCAUCAUGAAAGCGUCGGGGUCAUAUAUAUCUGUAUUAAAUGCGAUGUAUUGAAGUCUCUUAAAUCUGUAGUU